UUAUCUGGAUCGAUGACCCCACAUCAGGCGCCUGGAAAGUCCGUAUCCACAGACACCGAAUCCGUUCCAGGAAUGUCGUCUCCAGAUAUGCGUCACGGCUCGGGUUCGGAGAACGGUGACCGCGAGUCCAUCGUGAGCUCCCCUAUAGCCAAACCAUUAAAAGACGGCGAUGAGACGCCAGGCUCCAUCAGUCCGCUCGGCUCAGACUCCGGCUCGGAUACGGAUAAAGACGAUCAGGAGCCCUCGCCCUCCUCCGCAGCAUCGCGACAGAUGAACGCCAUCGACAUCCUAACGAGGGUUUUCCCCAACCACAAGCGCAGCGUCCUGGAGCUUGUGCUGCAGGGAUGCGGCAAAAAUGUGGUGCAAGCCAUAGAGCAAAUCCUCAACAACAGCGGUCAAGCCAAGGGCCCAGAUGAGUCCUGGACGGCGGAUCGGAUGCUGCAGAGCGCACAGCCGCCCAUGUCCUCCACCCCGCGGCCUCUGUUACCUGGAACCAUGACGCUCAGCAAUAGAUCUGCCUUCUCUCCUUUGCAACCCAACGCGCCACACUUUGGUUCCGAUCCGAGCACGUAUCCUCUCAGUACGCAUUUGGGCUUGAACCCACUCCGGCUGGCGUACUCGGCUCACAGCAGAGGCCUGGCCUUCAUGGCUCCAUACUCCACCACGGGUCUGAUGCCAACAUUGGGCUUCCGGCCGCCAAUGGAAUAUGCCUUCAGUGACUUGAUCAGAGACAGGACUCUCUUGCAUAAAGAUCAGAGCUACACCAAUGGACUCUAUGGUCCUCUGGUGAACAACACUCCAGAGAAACAGUGAGAUAGUGUUUCCCAAAUGUAGACAAAAGUGUUUCUUGUCUUUAAAGAUUCGUAUGCUUAAAGAUUCCUCAUCCCUAAAGACCCGCGGGCCUUGUGUUUCUGUAUAUAAACUAUGUCUAGUUUAAUCACCAGGAAAAAAAUGUGUUUGGUGGUCGUGGCUUCUUUGAAGUUUGUGAUUAAUCAACAAGAAAUGGUUACGCGUUAAGGUUAAAGUAGUUUUUACCCAUCUUACUGCAGGAUGGCGUUACUGCCUCAGCGCAAAACGAGCCAGAGGUGAAUUAUUUUAGACCUUUAGCUGGGUAACCAUAGUAUUUUCGAGUAAUGUAAAUUGUGCAUUUUAAAAUCCUUCACGUUUGUUACAAUCCAUUUAGAUUAUUUGCCAAACGGAUUAAGCCCCCGUGUGAUAAUAGUGCAAUCCCUAGAAUAAUAAUUUGCUUCAUCAUUAAAAAAAAGGGAAUAUUCUAGCAUUAUUGUUAUUGUGGAACGUCUAUUAUUCACUCUUUUUCUGCUCGGUGUCUGUUAAAUCGUGCCAUGUUCAUUCAACAGAACAGAAGUUCUUUGGAUUUAAUAUGGUUACUGGCUCAAGUAGACAUUUGUGUUCCCUUUGUGAGUGAUAUAUUGUGUUACACGACUAAAUUAUGUAU